AUGAGCUACAACGACGACCGUCAGGGCUACCAGCAAGGUGGUAACUACCAGGGUGGUAACUACCAAGGCGGUUACCAGCAGGGCGGAUAUGGCGGUGACGACCGUCAACAAGGUGGUUACCAACAAGGAGGAUACGGUGGUGAUGACCGCCAUCAGGGAGGAUAUCAGCAAGGAGGAGGUUAUGCAAGGUGGCGCGGCGUGAUGGGUGCUCUCGCUGGUGGUGCUGCCGGCGGCUUCGGCGGCUAUAAGCUCGGCGGCAAGACCGGACACACCAAGACAUCUGCCGUCGUCGGUGCCCUUGCCGGCGCCUUUGGUGGACACAAGCUUCAGGAUGCUGCUGAGGACUGGAAGGAUGACAAAGAUGAGAAGAAGGAAGAGGAGAAGCGCCGAGAGGAAGAAGAGAAGCGACGAAGGGAGGAAGAGAAGCGCAGGAGAGAUGAUGACAGAUACAGGAGGGACGAUGAGGGAAAGCAUAGACGUCGUCGUGGAUCUCACUCCAGCUCGAGCUCCGACUCGGACUCUGACUCUGGCAAGGGCAGACGUCGCCGUGGAAAUUAUGCCGGCAACUUCACUGCCUCUUCCAGAGACAUCCACCUCGACACUCACGGCGACUACAUCCUCAGUGCCUCAUGCGGCCGUGGCGAUGGCUCUCGCAGCCACAGCUCCAUCUCCCUCAACAGAGUCCUCGAGAACCACCGCGGCAGCUUCCGCUGGGUCGACGGCGGAAAGCGAGGUGGCGGAAGCAACACCGUCACUGUCCAACACGGCGAUACCCUCCGCACCAUCGCCGCCCGCUUCAACGUCUCAUUUGACGAGAUUGCCCGCCACAACAACAUCAACAACCCUGACCUCAUCUACCCCGGCCAGACGCUUCAAGUUCCAGGCGGUGGCAGCUCUGGUGGAUACGGAAACUUUGGUGAUUCGGCACGCCACGUGCGUCUUGUUGAUGGAGGCCAGAAGCUGGAGGCUGAACUGCAGCACGAUGGGGAGUGGUGCUUCAGCUCGAUUGUGCUGGAUGAACGGAUAGAGAACAACCACGGUGAGCUGAGGCUCAUCUAA